CAAAGACAAGAGGGAGAAAGUGGGAGAGAGAGCGUGGCGAGCAGGUUGAGUCGGUUUGGAAGAGAGAGCGUGUGUGUGUGUGUGUGUGUGAGUGUGUGUGUCCAUGGCAGGCGCUCAGCCCGGGGUCCAUGCUCUGCUGCUCAAGCCCCCCACCGUCCCCCCCACGCUGAGCACAGGAACCAGCUUUAUGAAAUGGGACGACGAUCUGUCCUCAGCGACUCCGGUCACCAUGAAGGUGGAUCCUCAUGGUUACUACCUGCAUUGGACAGAGCAGAACAAGGAGACGGAGCUGCUGGACAUAACCCACAUCAAGGACGUCCGGACGGGGAAGAGCACCAAGACACCAAAGGAGGCUAAACUGAGGGAGCUGUUGGAUGUGGGCAACCUGGCUGGUCGAAUAGAGAACCGCAUGUUGACCGUGGUGACUGGACCGGACAUGGUCAACAUCACGUACCUCUCCUUCAUGGCUCUGCAGGAAGAGGAUGCCACGGAGUGGGCGGAGCAUCUGUUUUCUCUGGCAUCAAACCUUCUGAGCCACAACCUGAACAGAGAGGCCAGCCUGGAGAAAGCCUACACCAAGCUGACCCUGCAGCAAAGCACUGAGGGGCGGAUCCCAGUCAAGAACAUGCUACGAAUGUUCUCAGCUGACAGGAAGAGGGUGGAGACUGCCCUGGAGAGCUGCCAACUUCCAUCUGGAAGGGGAGACUCCAUUAAUGUGGAAGACUUUACUCCGGAAGUCUAUAGAACCUUCCUGGCCAAUAUCUGUCCUCGUCCAGAACUCAGUCAGGUCUUCAGUCUGCAGGGUGCCCGGGGCAGCUACAUGACAGUCGACCAGAUGACUGAGGUGAUCAACAACAGACAGAGAGACCCCCGGCUGAAUGAGAUCCUGUACCCCCCUCUGAGGCCUUCCCAGACCCAAACCCUGAUGGAGAGAUACGAACCUGACCACCACCUGCUCAGAAAAGGUGAGAUCUCCGUAGAGGGCUUCAGCAGGUACCUCGUCAGCGACGAGAACGGCGUCAUCCCUCCGGAGAAGCUGGACCAGAGCGAAGACAUGAGCUUCCCCUUGUCUCACUACUUCAUCAACUCUUCACACAACACCUACCUCACAGCUGGUCAGCUAGCAGGUAGCUCCUCUGUGGAGAUGUAUCGUCAGGUGAUGCUGGCUGGCUGUCGCUGUGUGGAGCUGGACUGCUGGAAGGGACGCACCGCCGAGGAGGAGCCUGUCAUCACGCAUGGCUUCACCAUGACCUCGGAAAUCUGCUUUAAGGAAGUGAUAGAGGCCAUUGCUGAGUGUGCCUUCAAGACCUCCCCCUUCCCUGUCAUCCUGUCCUUCGAGAACCACGUUGACUCGCUCAAGCAACAGGCCAAGAUGGCAGAGUAUUGCCGGUCCAUCUUUGGAGAUGCUUUACUUACUGACUCCCUGGAGAAAUACCCACUAGAGUCUGGAGUGCCUCUCCCCAGUCCUCAGGAACUAAUGGGGAAGAUUCUCAUCAAGAACAAGAAAUCCCACAAACCCUCUGUAGCCCAGGGUAACAAACGACUGACAGAACAACCAGCCAAUCAAAGUGCUGAUCCAUCAUCCAAUCAAACAGACGGCUUUGAGUCUCUCAGCAACAAUCCUGCUGAAAUGGAAGCAGAGAGUGAUGAAGAUGAUGAUGACGACGAUGACGACUGCAAGAAGGCUGGGAUGGUGUAAUGUGUCGUGGUUUUCAUCCAGGGAUCAGCAGAGAGAGAGGCUGUAGCUGCUGAGGAAAUGUCCACUCUGGUCAACUACAUCCAGCCCACCAAGUUUAACUCCUUUGAGGCUUCCAAAAAGGUGGACCGCAGCUUCCAGAUGUCCUCCUUUGUGGAAACCAAAGCCGUGGAGCUGCUGACCAAGUCCCCAGUGGAGUUUGUGGAAUACAACAAGCUGCAGCUGAGCCGGAUCUACCCCAAGGGCACCAGGGUGGACUCGUCCAACUACAUGCCUCAGCUCUUCUGGAACGCUGGCUGCCAGCUGGUGGCUCUCAACUUCCAGACUAUUGACCUGUCCAUGCAGUUAAACUUAGGCAUGUAUGAGUACAAUGGAAAGAGUGGCUACAGACUGAAGCCAGAGUUUAUGAGAAGACCAGACAAACACUUUGACCCGUUCACAGAAAACACGGUGGACGGCAUUGUGGCCAACACACUCUCUGUGAAGAUCAUCUCUGGCCAGUUCCUCAGUGAUAAAAAGGUGGGGGUGUAUGUGGAGAUUGACAUGUUCGGCCUGCCAGUUGACACAAGGAGGAAGGCUCUGAAGACCAAGACCUCCCAGAACAACGCCAUCAACCCCGUCUGGGACGAGGAGCCCAUCAUCUUCAAGAAGGUUGUUCUUCCUACGUUGGCCUCUCUGAGAAUUGCUGUUUUUGAAGAAGGAGGAAAGUUCAUCGGCCACCGCAUCAUACCAGUGUCAGCGAUCCGACCAGGUUAUCGCUACAUAGGCCUCAGGAACGAGAAGAACCAGUCCUUGAUUCUACCUGCUGUCUUCGUCUACAUAGAAGUGAAGGACUAUGUUCCUGACACCUUUGCAGACGUGAUCGAGGCACUGUCCAACCCCAUCAGAUAUGUGAACCUGCUGGAGCAGAGGUCCAAACAGCUGGCGGCUCUCACCUUGGAGGAUGGAGAGGAGGAGACCGACACAGCUGACCUGACGUCUGAUGUGAAGGCUGAUCCCAGACCUGCUCCGCUGGAGAACGGCCUCAGCCCCGCCCCCUCAGCCCCUGCACUCACCCCUGCCCCGAGCCCUUCACCCAGGACUGCCAUGCCCACUCAGCAGCCUCCAGCCACAGAAUCCUCCAAGCCAGCUUCCAAAAACGAGGACAUGGUGCAGAGCGUUCUGAUAGAGGUGGAGAUUGCUGGCCUUGAAGACUUGAGGCAGAGCAAGGUGUACCUUCGGGACCAGAAGAGGCAGUACAAGGAGAUGAAGGAUCUGGUGAAGAAACACCAGAAGAAGGCCGCAGACAUGGUGAAGGAACAUGUGGUCCGAUACGGCCAGGCCCAGCAUGACCACAACCGCAGACGCAAUGCGAUGAUGAAAGCUGCCAAGCGCGACGGUAAGAAAAGCUGCGCGUCUCCAGGGCAGGAGGGUGAGCUGCAGCAGUUGGAACAAGACGGCGAGUCUCGCCUGCAGGAGCUGCAAGAACUGCAGCACCAGCAGCUGCUGUCUCUGAGGCAGGAGCAGUACUACAGCCAGAAGUACCUCAAACGAGAGCACAUCAAACAGUUGGUGGAGAGACUGAGUGCUUUAGCAGAGGAGAGCCACAGCAACCAGCUGAAGAAGCUGAAAGACUUCUGUGACAAAGAGAAGAAGGAGCUGAAGAGGAAGAUGGACAAGAGGAGACAGGAGAAGAUCAACGAGACUAAGUCCAAAGAGAAGCAUCUGGCUGAUGAGGAGAAGCUGGAAAUCAACAGGUCGUAUGUGAAUGAGGUGGUGCAGAACAUCAAACGGCUGGAGGAGGCUCAGGCCAGACGUCAAGAGAGGUUGCUAGAGCAACAGAAAGACAUUCAACAAAAGAUUCUGGACGAGAAACCAAAGCUCCAGGGGCAGGUGGAGGCGGAGUAUCAGGAGAAGUUCCGGCAGUUGCCAGGGGAGAUUCAGGACUUCCUGCAGGACAGGAAACAUGAUGUCAGAGGUCCAGCUAUGCCCCGCCCCUCCACCCCACAUGAUAUCCUGUCUGAGGGGGAGGAGGAACAAAGGGAGUGAAGAAGAGAUAAAGAGGGAGGUGUGUGUGUGUGUGUGUUUGUGUGUGUGAGUGUGGAGAGGGAUGGAGGGAGGGAGAGAUUCCCAUUUUUCUUCCUUACUGUAAAUGACUGUUAGUUGCCCAACUCAUCUCUCCUGAUUGUUUUUCUGCUCCAAGUCUUUGGUGAGCCCUGUCCCUUUCUGAUGACCUCAUCAGCACAGUGCUACUUGUGCCAGUGGACUGCAUGAGCAUGACUUUAGGUUAAGGCUACUAACCACAGUCUGAUUGAAUACAGUCAUCUUGUUUUUACCACUCUUGUAGUAAUGCCUUUUAUUUUUUUCUUUGCUUUCUCUCCUAAAAUUGAAGACUCUGAAGUAAAUGUAUUAUUUGUUUAUGCUUGGAAUGAGUUUUGAAUCUACAAACAGCUUCCAAAAAUGACUUGAAUGGUUCUCAAAUACUGCUUGUAAAUAUUAUUAGCAGAAAUGCAUGAUGAUAAUAUUUUGCUUUUAUUUUCUUGUUUCAAAACAUGUUGAAUAUGAUGUCAUGUAUAUGGGUAUUCUUCACAAAUCCCACUGAUGUGUAUGUAAAAAUGUUUUGACAAAUGUUUCUGAUAUUACACUCUUUCUGUGUAAUACAAUGUAUGCAGUAUUCAACUUUUAACUAUUGAUUUUUAUUUAAUUUCAAAACUAUUUAAAUUACAUUGAAUUUCUUUACAGGCCAUUUGGAUAGUUCUGUUGUUAGCCAGUAAUUGCAUGUUAUUUCAUAAGAAAAGGGUAAUGGGUUACUGAAUGUAUUUUUGAAUAGGCCUAACAUGGUACAUUCACACACGCACACUGGCACAUACACACGCACACAAAUGCACAAACAAACACU